AUGGUCAAGGACGGGUCCGUGAGGGGCCCCGAGUUGAUCGAGAUCUGCCGAAAGAAUGAUCUGGAAGAGCUGCACAACUGGCUCCUUCUCUGCGAAGCCAAUCGAAGUACUGUGGACUGCCGAAAUAAUGCCCAAGAAACCUCACUCCACCUAGCUGCCAAGCAGGGGCAUCACAAUAUCGUCCAAGCGCUUAUUAAUAACGGCGCCGAUCCAAAAGCCCAAAACGCCCGCUGCGAGACCCCGCUCGACAUGGCAGCCCGUAAUGGGCAUGGCUACGUCUGCAAGAUGCUGGUCGCCUUCUGCCCGGAUCUGGCUUUUCAGUCAGCCGUCGAAUGUUCAUCUACUGCUGAGAAUAGCCUAGCCGAGCCGAGGGUCGUGUACCCGAUUCAUAUGGCAGCCAUGCACUCGCAUGUGGACUGUAUCGAUCCCUUAAUAAAGGAUUCUUCUGGAAGGACGGUACUUGAAGCCCUUGAGCAUCUGCAGGAAGAGCCAGUAGAACUGACACAGUUGAUACAAAGUCGAGAGCGGAUGGAGGAGUGCAAGAAGUUGAUCAAAACUUAUCUCCGCAGCCUUGGCGAACUGAAUACCUCUGAUGAUUCCGGGGUGGAUGGCUCGCCAAAGGAGAUCGUUUGGAGGAGACUGCCGAGCACUAGCCGAGCUUCCGAGGUGAAGCGCAAUGGCUAUAAGAUGCCCUCCCCCAGCCCACCUUACCGGUUUCCGGACCGACCGGAUCGGCCGGACGACCUGGACCCAGGUUCGACGAUUUCGAUAUCGACAAGGGAGGAUUUGGAUACAGUAAGCGAAAUCUCACCCUGUUCUACAAAUUAUUCGAUGGGAUCCAUGUGGAGAUCGAGGUUAAAUGAUGGGAGAACGCCAAGAAUUCCCGUGACCUCCCCGGAUACUAAAGCCAGGCACGCAAGUGCGAGAAGAUACCCCGAAACGAUGCCCGCCGCUUUUAGCGUCGUUAGGACAAAUACGUUGCCUACGAGGGGAACAAUUUUACCCUCCGAGCCAAACGCCUGCACCUACAAGCCGCCGCCAGAGCCGGCGAAUCGGGUGUUGAGAGACGAUGGCACUUCCCAUACCUUUAACCCUGGGUUUUGCUAUGAUAACGUCCCUGAGAAUCGACAAUGGAACCAUGAAUGUCGGGAGCACCCAAUCCCGCCGCCUCGGAAUUUAAAUCGGAUAGCGACGAGGUCAGAUGGAACGCAAACCCUGCCUACGCCAAAAAGCCGAAAUCGUGUACCAAUGACGAGCGCCUUUGCGGCAAUUCAGGAAAAUGGAGGGCCAAGUCGAGAGGAGCCGACCCCAAAAUCGACGCAAAUCAGCUUCACGCUGGAGCGACCGAGGGAGGGCUCAAUCCACUCGACUGGGAGUAUAGAACGGAAAAUUGGCCCUACGUCAAAGCCCCCAGCUGUGCCGAAAAUUGUGGCAAGAUGGCCGAGGCCUGCGGAUCGAGAUCGGGAGCGUGAAGACAGCUUGGGGAUGGAGAAUGGGCUCGAUACCCGGGAAGGCAGCACGUUUACAUUCGCUUGCUCGACGCUGGAGAGGAAAUUGGCUGGGAAAAUCCUGAUCGAUCGUGGAUACGAUAGCGUCGAGCAUAUGAAACUCUCGAUCAACAAGCGUAACAUUGAGGACACCGGAAUUGAUAAGCGCCUUCAUGCUCCGCUGCUGAAAUACCUGAAGCAUAUGCCGGAACCGGAACACUUUGCUAACUCCUUCGAGUACGUCUCGGAUUGGCUGCCCCGUCUCGGUAUGACGGACUUCAUCGGCACCUUUAUCGCUGAAGGAUUGAAGAAGGUGCUGAUCGUCAAGUGCGCCGACUUGACCGAGGAAAAACUCAAGAACAUGGGCAUCUCCAAACCCGGCCACUUCAACCGAAUCCUGGGAGCCCUGGAGUAUGCCAGGCUCGAGGAAGCCCUCGGAGUGGCGGCUAGGAGGAAGCAGAUGCGCAAGAAGGAGACGAUGACUCCACCUGAGAGCCCACCGCUCUACCCGCCGAUGCAUCACUCGCAGAUCUACACGUUCAGCGCUCAUUACCUGGGCUCUGAUCGUAUUGAAAGUAUCUACUCGGAGGACGAGUGCAUUAAUGUCAUCAAAAAGUUGAAGAAGCAAAUCAAUUCCAUCGUCAAGACUACCCCCGUACAAGUGGAAAUCUCGAUCUAUGGAGUCAUGAUCUUCAACACUGAGCAUCAGAAGACACUGCUCCAGAGCUACCAGCUUGAUGACAUUGGCUGCAUGACCAACGAUAUGAAUGACCGGAACUGUCUCGGUUUCACCGUCCAGGACAAGCAUCAGUCGAUGGCCCACGUUUUUGCUGCGAUCACUGCUGAAAUCGCCAAGAACAUCAUCGACGCCCUCGGCGACGUCUUUAAAAUCCAAGAAACCCGGCAGCAACCCUGUCCCUACUACGGCCAAGGCGCCCAGGUGGCCCACGAGAGCGUCAAUCCUUUCGGCGAGACAAUUGUCGAAAACGACGUCAAGGCGCGGGUCGUGAUUUUUGGGUACUGGUUGGAGAAGGUAGAAUACAUCACGUUCACCGAUUCGAACUGCUAUACCUCCGAAUUCAACAUCAGCAACAAGGAUUUUGAGCUCCAAAUCGAGCGGAGAAUCGAGUUGCAGUGGCGAUUCCCGGAAAACAAACACCAAUGGCGCAUGUGUGUGAAGCAAAAAGGACCGACUGGAGAGUUGUUAAUGGUCGAAGGAAUCCACACCUAUAUCACCACCAGGGUCACUCCGAAAGAAUACAUAAUGCCGUUCUACCUUCAAUGCUCAGUCUUGGCCUUUUUGCUCUCGAUGUCGGCUCUGUUUUCCGGGCUGAAUUUGGGGUUGAUGAGCCUGUCGAUCAAUGAGUUGCAAUUGAUCAUGAAAUGCGGCUCCCGCAGCGAACAAAAAUACGCCAAGGCGAUUCUUCCGAUUCGAAGGAGGGGCAACCAAUUGUUGUGUACGAUUUUGUUAAUGAACGUCGUGGUAAAUGCUUCAAUUUCGAUUCUAUUCGAAGAUAUGACUUCUGGAACGAUCGCGUUUAUCGUUUCCUCGGCUGGAAUCGUAGUUUUUGGGGAAAUUUGUCCUCAAAGUAUCUGUGUGAAAAAAGGCCUCGCCGUGGGUGCUCGUACACUCUUCCUCACCAAAUUCUUCAUGGCCCUCACCUACCCACUUGCUUUCCCUAUUAGCAAGAUUUUGGACUGGCUGGUUGGGGUGGACGUGGAUAAAUUCGAUCGGAAUCGGCUGCUGGAGAUUAUGAAAAUGGGCAGCGGCAGGGAAGGGGAUCCGGAAAACUUGAAAAUCGCCAUCGGAGCCUUGGAGCUGGCCAGCAAAAUCCCGAUUUUUGAUGGCGGUGAUAGAAAUAAUAUCGUAUCUCUGCUCUACGUGAAGGAAUUGGCACUGGUCAACAAAAACGCAAACAUUACCGUAGGGACGGUGGGGAACCGAGCUCGGCUCCGAUUCGUCGACGAGAAUCACCCGUUGACAGAGAUGUUAGAGGAGUUCAAGAAGGGAGAAUACCACAUGGCGAUAAUUCGACGUGGAUCGGACGAUGAUGAACACUUUUACCAAGCUACCUUGGAUUCACUGUCAAACGGCGAUAUUGAAUUGUCUGAACUUUCGCCGUCCAGAGAAAUCUUGGGUGUUAUCACACUCGAAGAUAUUGUUGAAGAGAUUUUACAGGCCGAAAUCAUGGACGAGAGCGACCAGGUGACGGACAACGUCCAAAGGCACCGGAGGUUCGCCAAAAAUAGCCUGGACUUGCACAAGCUCCUCGGCAAGGAAAAACAGGCUGAGCCGUUGUCUAUCCAUACAAAGAGUGUGCUCUGCCGAUAUCUUCGCGAUCAGCACCCGAUUUUCGGCCCGGAAUUCAUGGAGCCCAGAGGACUUGAGCAUCUGAUCGGAACAAAUGUUAGGGUGAUUUACAUCGCCAACGAGAGCCAACCGAUCCCGAUCUAUGAAUACGGGGUGACGAGCAAGAGAGCUGUUGUAAUCCUCGAGGGCUCGGCCACGGUGUUUUUCCCGAAGUCCAAAAUGACCCUACAAGCCGGCUCAUGGAUUUCAUUGGGCGAAGUCUUAUUCCAGAAGCUGCAGGCCGGCAUUGCCCAGUCCCCUCAAGACGCUCAAUUCAACCUCUCCUUCGUCCCUGACUUCACAGUUACUGUCGAAAAGUACUGCAAAUUUGUGCAGCUCCCCGUCCCAUCAGUAUGGCAUAAGCUAAAGAUUUCGAAUGUCGUCAGGUCCAUGAGAACAAACUCCAAUCCCUCCUCGAGAUCCCCAUCAAUUUCCGAGAAAAAUCGGAGGAUUGUACGCUUCCAAGAUGACGACGGAGUAGCCGGCCGUAGCGGCUCGUUAAACGGGGAUCAAACGCUGCACGUAGGCGACCGAAAUCGAAGCGCAAUCCCGAAAGAGCAGAUGAAGCGGCUGGGAGAGCAUAAAUAUUCGGCAGUUGAUACUUCAUGGCUUGAUGAAUUGUGUAUGAAAAAAUUCUGGGACAAAGUCGUCACAUUCUGCCCGAUGUGGGUGGCCCCAAAUUUGAUCACGCUCGUCGGGUUGAUCAUCAAUUUAUGUACAGUACUCGUUUUGUCUUUCUACUGCCCGACGGCGACGGAGUCGGCCCCAUCCUGGGUGUACUUCCAAGCCGCCCUCGGGCUGUUUUUGUAUCAGACCCUCGACGCCAUCGACGGGAAGCAAGCUAGAAGAACGGGUAGUUCGUCUCCGCUUGGCGAGCUUUUUGACCACGGGUGCGAUUCAGCAUCUCAGGUGUUCGUCACGCUCAACAUUUGCUACGCGAUGACGCUGGGUGCCGUCCCUAAUGGUGUCUUUGCCAUCUCGGUGGUCUCGAUCAUCAUGUUCUACGCGGCGCACUGGAGCACUUAUUGUACAGGGCAGCUUCGCUUUUCAAAAUUCGACGUUACCGAAGCCCAAUGGAUGGUGAUCUCGGUCCUCGUCUUUACUGGGAUUUUUGGAGCCGGAACCUGGUCUGCGAAUAUUAUCUUCGGACUGCAACUCCGAUACCUUGUCGUUGGCGGCUCCUUGAUAAUGUCAAUCGUACAAAUCGGAGGCUAUGCCAAGACGAUUCUUGGUGGAGGUGUUGGGAAGAAUGGGAGUACGGUGGCGGGAACCUCCGUCCUUUUCCCACUUCUACCACUUCUGAUGGUACUACUGCCAUUUGCUAUGAUUUACAGCAAAGCCACCACUUCCGUCUACGACGUGCAUGUAACGCUGUUUAUUUUGUGCUUUGGAGCUGUUGGUUCUAAAACCACAAACCGACUUGUCAUCGCCCAUAUGUCGAAAAGCGAACUUCCGCUUUGGGAUUGGGCCUACUUGGCGCCAAUCGCGAUGAUUCUGAACCAGUAUUAUGACUGCCCUAUCAACGAGUACCAUUUGCUGAUCGUUGCUACAAUCUACGUCCACAUCUCGUUGGCCAUCUUCUCUUGGCCCAAGAGCAUCGACAGGGAGGAAGCAGCAUUGACUAGAAGUAGUCGAGGAAGCCACCGAAUCAUC